AUGGCGGACGGCGCCGCCCAGGUGAUCUCAACCUCCUUGCUACUCGCCGUCCUAGUGGUGACGAGCUGGUGUCUAGCCGCUGCAAGCACACCGGAGGCGGGCGGCGCGAACGACGACGACAGCGGGAUGCUCGCGACGAGCCGGUUCUUCCUCGCCACGGCGGCGGCUACGAGGGAGAUAGGCCAGCAGCGCGCGUGCCGCCCGGGGCACCCGGGGGCGUGCUCCGCCGCUGCUGGCGGUGCGGCAGGGGAGGAGCACCGCUUCAAGUGCUGCGGGGGCGCGUGCACCGACGUGCUCGCCAGCGCGGGCAACUGCGGCGCGUGCGGGAGGCGGUGCCCGUUCGGCCGGCUGUGCUGCGGCGGGCGGUGCGCCGCGGUGGCGUACGACGCGGCGAACUGCGGCGCGUGCGGCCGGGCCUGCGCCGCCGGGACGCCGUGCACCUACGGCAUGUGCGGCUACGCUGCCUAG